AUGAUGAACACCACCCUGGUGAACACUGUUCUGGUGAACACUGCCCUGGUGAACACUGUUCUGGUGAACACUGCCCUGGUGAACACUGCCCUGGUGAACACUGUCCUGGUGAACACUGCCCUGGUGAACACCACCCUGGUGAACACUGCCCUAGUGAACACUGCCCUGGUGAACACUAUCCUGGUGAACACUGUCCUGGUGAACACUGCCCUGGUGAACACCACCCUGGUGAACACUGCCCUGGUGAACACUGCCCUGGUGAACACUAUCCUGGUGAACACUGUCCUGGUGAACACUGCCCUAGUGAACACCACCCUGGUGAACACUGCCCUGGUGAACACUGCCCUGGUGAACACUAUCCUGGUGAACACUGUCCUGGUGAACACUGCCCUAGUGAACACCACCCUGGUGAACACUGCCCUGGUGAACACUGCCCUGGUGAACACCACCCUGGUGAACACUGCCCUAGUGAACACCACCCUGGUGAACACUGCCCUGGUGAACACUAUCCUGGUGAACACUGCCCUGGUGAACACUGCCCUGGUGAACACCACCCUGGUGAACACUGUCCUGGUGAACACUGCCCUAGUGAACACCACCCUGGUGAACACUGCCCUGGUGAACACUGCCCUGGUGAACACUGCCCUGGUGAACACCACCCUGGUGAACACCACCCUGGUGAACACUGCCCUGGUGAACACUGCCCUGGUGAACACCACCCUGGUGAACACCACCCUGGUGAACACUGCCCUGGUGAACACUGCCCUGGUGAACACCACCCUGGUGAACACUGCCCUAGUGAACACCACCCUGGUGAACACCACCCUGGUGAACACUGUCCUGGUGAACACUGCCCUGGUGAACACUGCCCUGGUGAACACCGCCCUGGUGAACACUGUCCUGGUGAACACUGCCCUGGUGAACACUGCCCUGGUGAACACCACCCUGGUGAACACUGCCCUGGUGAACACUGCCCUGGUGAACACCACCCUGGUGAACACUGCCCUAGUGAACACCACCCUGGUGAACACCACCCUGGUGAACACUAUCCUGGUGAACACUAUCCUGGUGAACACUGCCCUGGUGAACACUGCCCUGGUGAACACUAUCCUGGUGAACACUGUCCUGGUGAACACUGCCCUGGUGAACACCCUAGUGAACACUGCCCUGGAGAACACCACCCUGGUGAACACCACCCUAGUGAACACUGCCCUGGUGAACACUGCCCUGGUGAACACCACCCUGGUGAACUCUACCCUGGUGAACACUGCCGUGGUGAACACCACCCUGGUGAACACUGUCUUGGUGAGCAUUGCCCUGGUGAACACCACCCUGUUGAACACUGUCCUGGUGAACACUGUCCGGGUGAACACCACCCUGGUGAACACUGUCCUGGUGAACAUUGCCCUGAUGAACACUGCCCUGGUGAACAUUGCCCUGGUGAACACUGCCCUGGUGAACAUUGCUCUGGUGAACACUGCCCUGGUGAACACUGCCCUGGUGAACACCGCCCUGGUGAACACCACCCUGGUGAACACCGCCCUGGUGAACACCAUCCUUGUGAACACCGCCCUGGUGAACACCGCCCUGGUGAACACUGCCCUGGUGAACACCACCCUUGUGAACACCGCCCUGGUGAACACUGCCCUGGUGAACACCACCCUGGUGAACACUGCCCUGGUGAACACCGCCCUGGUGAACACUACCCUGAUGAACACCACCCUGUUGAACACUACCCUGAUGAACACCACCAUGGUGAACAACACCCCUGAUGAACACCACCCUGGUGAACACCACCCCUGA